AGGGAGGGGUUCUGUGGGGUGGAAUUUGAGAUGCAGGGGGUGACGGUAGUUCUCGAUGCCCGGGCUUGGUGCCAGGGUUAAAUUCACGUCUUCUGUCUACAGUGGCCGGUUUUAAUGAAGCGGUUAGGCCUUUUCCCGGUUUCUUUCAUGAACAAGGUCCGUUUUGCAUCGGGGUCGUGUUUUUAUUGGCCGUAUCCCCCUUUUAUUUUGGUCCGUGCCUCCUUUCUUUGUCUAUAAGGGGGAGAAGGUUGGAUUUUCUCGUAUUGUGCCCAGGUGCCCCACCUUCCACAUGAUACGCGGUGGAAGGGAGUAGUGGGACGGCAUUGUCUCGCGUCGCGUCUUGCAGUGCAGCGCGUACCACCAUGCUGUACCAGCCGUACUAUUCUCUCUUCCACCCUCCUCCGGUGAUGUACCGGUACCGUGGCCAGUACUCGACGUCGGACGUCGCAUCGGCGAGGGUGAGGGCCCUCGGCCUGGGAAAGUCGCCUGGGGCCCACCUCGUCGAGAAGUUCACCAUACGUGACAAGAAGGAGGAUUUUAUUCGCGGAGGUGGGACCGGGACCGGGAACGGGCGGCCGGCCAGGUUUAUAAAUACGAGCCGGGAUACGGGCGGGGAUGAGGAGGACUCAGUCGUCGUCCGAGGCUGCGUUGCGAACCGCGAGUGCCGUGGAAGUGAGGACGGAGCGGAACGUGACGGAGCCACACCGCCCGCGACCGACGAGGACGACGACAAGGCAGACCUCGGACAGGACGAAACAAAACAAAUCGAGAAAGACAGUGACAGGCAAAAAAGUUCAACAUGGGAAGAGCCGUCCGGAACCAAAGAAGUCGAAGAACCUCAUAAGAAACCUGACUCAGAAUCGAAAGAAAUCGAAGAAGUUGACAUAAAGCUUAGGACUUGUUUGACCAAGAAAAAAGACGAAUGUAAAAUAUUACCGGAUAAGCCAGAAGAUAAUCCUAACGAAGAUUCACCUAAGACAAAUAUAGAACCCACGGUACCAUCAGAUAAGCCGAGUAAGCAAGAAGAUAAGCCUAAAUCUGAUUUACCUAAGACAAAGGUAGAACCUAAAGGAUUACCGGAUAAAUCUGAAGAUAAGCCUCAACCGGAUUUAACAAAGGAAAAGGUAGAACUCAAGGGAUUAUCGGGUAAGCAAGAAGAUAAGCCUAAACCUCAUUUACCUGAGACAAAGGUUGAGCACAAGGGAUUACCGGGAAAACCUGAGGGUAAGCUUAAACCGUAUUUACCUAAGAGAAAGGUAAAACCUAAAGGAUUACCAGGCAAAGAAGAAGAUAGCCCGAAGUCUGAUUUAUCUAAGACAAAAGAUGAAGCUAAAGGAUUGACGGAUAUAGCAGUUGAUAAUCCUAUACCGGAUUUACCUAAGACAAAGGGUGAAACCAAUAGAUUAACCGGUAAACCGGAGGAUAAUCCUAUUCCGGAUUUACUUAAUACAAAGGAGUACAAGAUACCCAAGGGAUUAUCAAAUAAACCUGAGGAUAAGCCUGAUUCACCUAAGAUAAAGGUCAGACCAAAAGAACUGCCGGACAGACCUGAGUAUAAGCUUAAACCUGAUUUUCCUAAGACAAAAGAAGAAAGAAACGGAUUAUUUGGCAAAAAAGAAGAUGAGCUUAAGCGGGAUUUAACGGAAACAAAGGAAGAGGGAAAAGGAUUAUUUGGCAAAAAGGAAGAUAGGCCCAAGCAAGAUUUACCUAACAUAAAAUUAGAACCUAAAGGAUUACGAGGCAAACAAGAAAAUACUCCUAAACCGGAUUUACCACAGCCAAAGUUAGAACCCAAGGGAUUAUCGUGGAAACAAGGAGAUAAGGCUAAACCUGAUUUACCUAAGACAAAGGUAGAACCUAAAGGAUUACCGGAUAAAUCUGAAGAUAAGCCUAAAUCUGAUUUACCAAAGCCAAAGGUAGAACCUAAAGGAUUACCGGAUAAAUCUGAAGAUAAGCCUAAAUCUGAUUUACCAAAGCCAAAGGUAGAACACAAGGGUUUAUCGGGUAAGCAAGAAGAUAAGCCUAAACCUGAUUUACCUAAAACAAAGGGAGAACCUAAAGGAUUACCGGAUUUACCAAAGCCAAAGGUAGAACCCAAGGGAUUAUCGGGUAAGCAAGAAGACAAUCCUAACCCAGAUUUACCUAAGACAAAGGUAGAACCUAAAGGAUUACCGGAUAAAUCUGAAGAUAAGUCUAAACCUGAUUUACCAAAGCCAAAGAUAGUACUCAAGGGAUUAUCGGGUAAACAACAAGAUAAGCCAAAACCGGAUUUAUCUGAAUCAAAGUUAAAACACAAAGGAUUAUCAGGCACACAAGAAAAUAAACCUAAAGAGGAUUUAGCAAAGCCAAAAGUAGAACUCAAGGGAUUAACGGAUAAACAAGAAUACAAGCCUAAAUCUGAUUUAUUUAAGACAAAGAUAGAACCCAAGGGAUUAUCGAGUAAACAAGAAGAUAAGCCUAAACCUGAUUUACUUAAGGCAAAGGAAGAACCUAAAGGAUUACCGGAUAAAUCUGAAGAUAAGUCUAAACCGGGUUUAUCUGACGCAAAGUUAAAACCUAAAGGAUUAUCAGGCACACAAGAAGAUAAACCUAAAGAGGAUUUACCAAAGCCAAAGGUAGAACUCAAGGGAUUAACGGGUAAACAAGAAGAUAAGCCUAAAUCUGCUUUACCGAAGACAAAGGUAGAACUUAACGGAUUAUCGGAUAAACCUGAAGAUAAGCCUAAAUUGAAUUUAUCUAAGAUCGAGGUCGAACCUAAAGGAUUACUAGAUAAACCUAAAUCGUAUUUACCUAAUACAAAGGUAGAACCUAAAGGAUUAUUGGGUAAACAAGAAGAUAGAGUCACUAAACCUGAUUUACCUAAGACAGAAGGCGAAACCAAAGUAUUACCUGAUAAACCUGAAAAUAAACCUAAACCGGCAGAAUCGAAGGUCGAUCAGCUCAAGAUAAAAGAAGGAUCUAAAGGAUUAUUGGGCAAAGAAGAAGGUAAGGAUAAACCGGAUUUGUCCAAUACAAAGAAAGGGGAAGAACUUAACGGAUUAGUUAGUAAACCAAAGAAAAAACCUGAAUUUGGUUUAUCUCUGAAGAAAGAGGAAGUUGGAAGUCUUUCGGAUAAAGACCCUCUUGGUCACCUGGGCAACGAAGGAUUCAGGCCGAAACUUUUCAAGUGCACCACGCACGAGGACCUGACGGACCCGAGCAAGUACGACUCGGACGCCAACAACAACGACUGGGAAGAAGUCGAGGUAGAAGAGUACGACAUGGAGGCCGAGGCAGUCGUCAAGAAGAAGAAGGUGAUCGUGAAGAAGACCGGAACUCAGGUCAAGGUGACACCCCUCGAGGCGAAACCACCCAAAGGAGGCGAGAUGGAAGUCUCGAUACCGGGCGAGCUGAUGAGGCAGAUAUCGAAGAAACGUCUCAGCCUCGUCGACGAAGACCUCUGCCGUCUCGUCGAACGCAAGACGUCCAUAACAGACGAAAUAAUCGUCGAAGAAGCCGCACAUCUCGAUUCGAUGAUCCGGGUGGAGUUGCUCGACAGGAGGAAAUCGAGCCUGGGAUUCCCGGCAAUACCUGAGGAGGUUAAAGAAGAAGAGAAGAAGGAAACUACGGCACAUCCGGUUCAAGAUGGCAGGAGAGCCGCUUGGAAACGUUCCAUCAAGACACUAGGCGGAUUCUACAAGCCCCAGGUCCAAGAAGAUUCUUCAUCUUCAGAAGACGAAGAAUGCGACGUCAACUGCCACCGGAAGUGCCAGCUGCUCAUGCCGAACCUGUGCGGUGUGAAUCAGAAGCUGAUGGCCGAGGCUUUGUCCCGGCUACAGCUGAAAGGGAGGGCGUCGACGACGAGCGAACAGAACGCAAAUUCGUCAGAGUGCAGCGACUCGUCGGAAUCGACAGCAGCUGGGAGGGUCUCGCCUCCUGCCAAGACACUCCCGAGGUUCAGGUCCUACUCGAUCAACGACUUCCAGUUCUUGAAGGUCCUGGGCAAAGGUAGCUUUGGAAAAGUGCUUCUCGCCGAGUUGAAAGGCUCCGAGUGCUAUUAUGCCGUAAAGUGCCUCAAGAAGGACGUCGUACUGGAAGACGACGACGUCGAGUGCACACUGAUCGAGAGGAAGGUGCUCGCCCUCGCGACGGGUCAUCCGUACUUCUCGCACCUUUUCUGUACAUUCCAAACCGAGUCACACCUUUUCUUCGUCAUGGAGUACCUGAACGGUGGUGACCUCAUGUUCCACAUCCAGCAGAGCGGACGGUUCGACGAAGGCAGAGCGAGGUUCUACGCGGCCGAGAUCGUCUCAGGCCUUUCUUUCCUCCACAAAUGGGGGAUCGUAUAUAGGGACCUGAAAUUAGACAACGUCCUACUUGAUUUCGACGGGCACGUCAGGAUAGCAGAUUUCGGCAUGUGCAAGCUCCAGAUCUACCUCGACAAGACGACAGACACGUUCUGCGGCACUCCAGACUAUAUGGCACCGGAGGUAAUCAAAGGUCUCAAGUACAAUCAGUGCGCCGACUGGUGGUCCUUCGGAAUUCUUCUGUACGAGAUGCUAGUUGGUCAGAGCCCGUUCUCGGGGUGCGACGAGGACGACCUGUUCUGGUCGAUAUGCAAUACGAGGCCGCACAUGCCUAGCUAUCUAUCGGCCCCGGCUAAAUCGAUACUGUCGGAUCUGAUGCAGAAGAACUGGACAAAGCGUCUCGGCUCGUCUGAGAACGGCGCCGCGGACGUGAUGAACCACGCGUUCUUCGACGGUUUCAAGUGGCCCCUCCUAGAGAGGAAGUUGCUCGACCCUCCUUUCAAACCGACCGUGAAACAUCCCCUGGACACGAAGUACUUCGACAAGGUGUUCACGUCGGAGAAGCCGGUCCUCACCCCGGUAGACAAGACGAUACUUGAAUCCAUGGAUCAGACCCAGUUCCAGGGGUUCAGCUACACCAACCCGAACGCGACGGAAUGAGACUCUCUCGGUUAUUCUAACAUUUUCCUUUUCUUUUUGUUUCAAACUUACAAAUGGAAAAUUUGACUUAAAAAGUUCCUAAUAAGAUAUUUUUAUAACGAUUAUAAAGAUUUCAACUUGGCAACCCCCCCCCCCUUCAACAUUUGUCUAGCUUUUUAAAAUUUUUAACAUAUUUUUAACAACUAAUACAAUUCAUAGACAAUAGACAAAGAUUGGGUGCCUGGGGAAUCACGUACAAAUACAUAAAGAAAAACGACGAACAAUGUUCGACUGUUUCUCGGGAAGGCUCUUGCAGCACCCUGUACAUCUUAUAGUGCAUGUGCACCGUAUCAUUUGACGGACUAAAAACAGCUUGUGCCUUUUUUAGAUAAAUAAUAUUUAUAUAUGUAUGUAUUUUUGUAAGUUUAAGCUGGCUGGAUCCACCCACGUUGCAGCACCCUGUAUACGGUGUCGUGGUAUGACACCUAUUAGACGUGCCGAAAACGGACGCGAACCUUUCCUUUUCAACGGUCGCAUGGGUCACGCACUCUACCGCAAGCACACAAACCUUCCACUGAGAUGGCAUAACCUUAAAGUUGUACAAUAGAGAGACAAUAUAUCUUCAACGGUUGGUUACAUAGUUUGCCCACACUCAUCCGCACUCACAGAUUCACGCAAAUAUAACCUACCGCUGAAAUGGUAUAGCCUAAACGUUGUACCAGACUAGUGAGACGUAUCUCUAAGUUUCAGAUGGUUGUGACUUAGUAUGUUGGUUUUCAAAAACACACACACUAACACGCACGCACAGUCACGCAAACAAACACGAGCUGACUUCUGCGAUGGCAUAACCUCAAAGUUGUACCAAACAGUGGAGUUGUAUCUUCAAGUUUUCAGGUGGUUGUUGCUUGGUUUGUUGGCUUUCAAAAGCAUACACUUAAACACGCAUUCAUAGUCACGCAAGCACGCAACUACAAGCUGAUUACUGAGAUGGCAUAACCUAAAAAUUGUAACAAACCAUGAGUCGUAUCUUCAAGUUUUCAGGUGGACGUUACUGGUUUUGUUUGUUUUCAAAACCACAACACAAACACGCAUGUAACAAUCACGCAAGCACGCAACUAAAAGUUGAUUACAGAGGUGGCAUAACCUAAAAAUUGUACCAAACCAUGAGUCGUAUCAUCAAGUUUUCAGGUGGUCGUUACUGGUUUUGUUUGUUUUCAAAACCACAACACAAACACGCACACACUGUCACGCAAGCAACCAAAUACCACCUACUACGGAGAUGGCCGAAACUAAAAGUUGCAAAAUUGGCCGACAACAUGUCUUCAAGUCUCAGCGGUUGGUUACUUGCUAUGCCCACUUACACACGUACAUAUGCAUGCAAAAACGAAAAACCUCCCAUUUAAUAAAUUCUAUACAGGGUGCUUCAAAUACUAUGCCUUAGAUAUUCGUAUUGCCUUAUAUAUUUGGUUUUUAUCGUAACCAUUUUUAUACAGGGUGUAAUUUAUAAAAAAAUUAACAAAAAAAAUACUUAAAAAAAUAAUAAUGUAAAAACUGUGUUAUAUCGUGUAUAUUGUACGCUGUAAAUAUGUUUAUUUAUUUUUAAUGUUAUCUCCUCCUUUUCGUUUUGUAUUUUUUCUUUUCAACUUUACAUUAUAUGUAUAUUGUACGUUUUUGCGAUUGUCAACCCUGUUAGUUCUUUUUUUCACCCCAACCUCUUAUGGUGUUAGAUUUUGGGCGAUUUUAUAUUCUUAAUUUAAAACUUAUCUUUUUUUCUAAUUGUAACACUGUAUAUAAUAGAAAAUAGAUUAUUGUCUAAAUC